CUCCCAUGGCUGCAGCCCGACGCACACGCUCCUGGAGCGGAGCCCUCGGCCGACAGCUGCUGCUGACCCUCGCGAUCUUAACAUUUGCCUGUGAUGCCUGCAAAAGAGUGACACUACAUAUUCCAUCUGAGCUAGGUGCUGAGAAAUUUGUUGGUAGAGUUAACCUGAAGGAGUGCUUUAAAUCUGCAAAUGUAAUUCAUUCAAGUGAUCCUGAUUUCCAAAUCUUUGAUGAUGGUUCAGUAUAUACAACAAAAACUAUUCUGGCCUCAGAGAAGAGAGAUUUUAACAUACUGCUUUCCAACACCGAGAACCAAGAAGAGAGGGAAAUACUUGUCCUGUUAGAGCAUCAAACAGAGAUAAGUCAUCCUAAAGAAAAAGUGCUAAGACGUGCCAAGAGAAGAUGGGCUCCUAUUCCUUGUUCAAUACUGGAAAACUCCUUGGGUCCCUUCCCAUUCUUUCUUCAACAGAUUCAGUCUGAUACAGCACAAAACUACACUAUAUACUAUUCCAUAAGUGGACCUGGAGUUGACCGAGAACCUAAAAACUUAUUUUAUGUAGAGAAACAUACUGGAAACCUGUUUUGUACUGGUCGUGUAGAUCGUGAGCAGUAUGAGUCUUUUGAGAUAACUGCCUUUGCAGUAACUCCUGAUGGGUAUACUCCAGAACGUCCAUUGCCCCUACUAAUCAAAGUUGAGGAUGAAAAUGAUAACCCCCCAAUUUUUACAGAAACAUUGUAUACUUUUUCAAUUUGUGAAAGCUGCAAAGUUGGAUCCGUCGUGGGACAAGUACAAGCAACUGACAGAGAUGAACCUGACACGAUGCAUACACGUCUAAAAUACACCAUUAUUGAGCAGAUUCCAGCAUCACCCACCCUGUUUUCUAUGCAUCCAUCUACAGGUGUGAUCACCUUGUCAUCAUCCCAGCUAGACAGAGAGUUAAUUGAUCAUUACAAAUUGAAAAUAAAAGUACAAGACAUGGAUGGUCAGUAUUUUGGUUUGUUUACCACUUCAAGUUGCGUCAUUCAAAUUGACGAUGUGAAUGACAACUUGCCAGUAUUUACCCAGACUUCUUAUGUGACAUCAGUGGAAGAAAAUGCAGUUAAUAUAGAAAUUUUACGUGUUACUGUUGAGGAUAAGGAUUUGAUUAAUACUGCUAAUUGGAGAGCUAAUUAUACCAUCUUAAAGGGUAAUGAAAAUGGAAAUUUUAAAAUUGUAACUGAUCCCAACACUAAUGAAGGAGUUCUGUGUGUGGUUAAGCCACUGAAUUAUGAAGAAAAACAACAAUUGACCCUGCAAAUAGGUGCAGUUAAUGAAGCUCCGUAUUUUAAAGACCCUACCUCCAGAUCAGCCAUGAGCACAGUGACAGUUACUGUUAAUGUAAAAAAUAUGGAUGAGGGCCCUGAGUGUAGUCCUUCAGUGCAAACCAUUCGAAUUAAUGAAAAUGUACCCGUGGGAACCCAGAGCAAUGGGUAUAAAGCAUUUGACCCAGAAACAAAAAGUAGCAGUGGCAUAAGUUACAAGAAAUUAACUGAUCCAAAAGGAUGGGUCACAGUUGAUGAAAACACAGGGACAAUCAGAGUUUUCAGAAGCCUGGAUAGAGAGGCAGAGACUGUCAAAAAUGGUAUCUAUAAUGUUACAAUCCUUGCAUCAGACAAAGUCGGGAGAUCAUGUACUGGGACAUUGGGAAUUAUACUUAAAGACGUGAAUGAUAAUGGCCCAUUCAUACCUAAAAAGACAGUGGUGAUCUGCAAACCCGUCAUGUCCUCCGUGGAGAUUGUUGCCUUCGACCCAGAUGAUCCUAUAAAUGGUCCACCUUUUGAUUUCAACUUUGAGAGUUCUGCUAAUUCAGAGGGCUCAAGAAUGUGGAGACUGCAAAAAAUUAAUGAUACAGCAGCACGUCUUUCCUGCCUGAGUGACCUUCCAUUUGGAACAUAUGCAGUACCUAUCAGAGUCACAGACAGACAUGGCCUGUCACAUGUCACUCCUGUAAAUGUUAUAUUAUGUGACUGUGUUACGGAAAAUGACUGCAUAUCCCGAGUAGAUCCAAGGACUGGCAAUGGAGAAAUAAAACUUGGAAAGUGGGCCAUCCUUGCCAUAUUGUUGGGCAUAGCAUUGCUAUUUUGUGUACUAUUUACCAUAGUUUGUGGGGUUACUAGGGCAUCCGAAAAGCCAAAAGUAUUUCCUGAUGAUAUAGCUCAGCAGAACCUCAUUGUGUCAAACACCGAAGCUCCUGGUGAUGACAAAGUUUAUUCCACAAAUGGCUUCACAUGUGCAACCCACGGGGCUGGUGGUGGCUCUACUCACACAAUUUGUGGCACUGUGGGAGCAGGAGUGAAAAAUGGAGGGCAGGAAAGCAUUGAAAUGGUCGGAGGACACCAGACUUUGGAAUGCCGCUACGUAGGCGGGCAUCACCACACCUUGGAUUCCUGCAGGGGAGGUGGACAGCAGACCUUGGAUCCCUGCAGGGGGGUUGGACAGCAGACCCUGGAUCCCUGCAGGGGAGGACACGUGGAGAUGGACCACUGCAGACACACUUAUUCCGAGUGGCAAACAUAUACUCAGCCCCGUCUCGGUGAAAAGGUGAAGCUUUGCAACCAGGAUGUCAAUCACCAACUCGCUCAAGACUACGUCCUUACCUAUAACUAUGAAGGGAGAGGAUCGCAGGCUGGUUCCAUAGGUUGCUGCAGUGAACGGCAGGAAGAAGAUGGGCUUGAAUUUUUGGAUAAUUUGGAACCUAAAUUUAGGCCACUAGCAGAAACAUGCAUAAGGAGAUGAGUGUGUUCCAAUAAGCUACAAAAAACGGUGGCUUUUCCAACUUUUAUUUUAAUUAUAAGCCAGGAUUUUUAAAGUCUAGAAGAUGCUAUGUUUGGGGCUUCGUAGCCUUUCUUUUGAUGGGGUCUCUUUUGCCAAAUACACAUUUACAGAGAGCGGCAGAAUACAUGCCCAAAUUUCCUAAGUUUUACAUAGUUUCCACUUGUCUUCUUCUUGAGAAGACCGACACAUAAAAAAUAGACGAAGUUUGCAUUAUUGUUUACAUUUGGGAAUAUGACAAUAGCCAAUUAUAGUGCAAUAAACUAUUGAUAUAAUUAAUUUAAGUUUAAAUCACUACUUGAAGCACAACCUAAUAGAACAUUGUAGACACCUUGUGUUCACAUUAUCUCGAGUUACCUAAUUGAUUGAUUGUGUGGUGCUUGAAAUCUGUUCUCUUAAUCUUUCUAAAGUUUAUGUAUUUUUUCAUGUUGUUUUAUUCUUAUAACGUGACCUUUCUUCAUCAUAGAAAGGAAGAGUCCCAGCCAGCACUGACUAUAUUACAAUUUUGGUAGAGUUUAUUUGGUAGAGUUUAUUUUCUAGUGUGUAUUUUUUACGAAGUCCUGCACUGAAUCUCCAUAUCCUCUGUUACCUACUUUAUCAGUGAAAGUUAAGGUUAAAAAAUGCUUUGAGAAUGUAAUUUUUCCCUGAAAGGUUUUUGUUUUCAGCAUCUCUCUCAUCCUCUCUCUCUGCUUUUGUCCCUCCUCCCCUCCCCUUUGCAUGUCCCUCUCCCUCUCUCUAUUUCUAUCCUCUUCAUUCUUAACAUUCCUAUUUGGAUUGAAAAUCUAAAUGUCUUCAGAUUAUCUUAGAUUAUAGAAAUUAGAACUAGAUAUUUUAGAUAAUAUUUAGUUGCCUCUCUUUUUUUCUCCCAUAAAUUGAGUUAUUCUUCUUCUGUCUUAUGUAAGUGUAUGUAUAGUUGGCUUUCCUUAAAAUCCAUAUAAUGUUCACUUUAUUGCUUUAAAUGUCUGGAUGAUGUUCAUUAUUGUCUCAACAAAGAACCUUAACAUUUGCAAUGGAAACUAUAGAAAUAAGUCAUGCUUUUAUUAGAUACCAUAGUCUAUGUUAACAAAGGGAAUAAUAGUGUGAUUAAAAUUGGGAUAUAGACAUUGAAUACAUUUAAAGAUUAUGUCUUUAAAUGCAAGGAUGCAGUUUAUAAAUGCAAAAUAAUGGUGGUUUUUGAAAUAAGCUUCAAAAUACAGGGAUUAUGGAAACUCACUGGGGAAAAAGUAAUUUAUAACUAUCUAGGUGAGAUGGCUAGUUAUGUCUUUAUUUGUGUUUUGAAGUUAUUUUUUGAUAGGUAACUGUUUUUUAAGAUUGUAGUUUUUUAACAAAUGUAGAAGUGAGUCAAAUUCUUUAAAAUUUGAAAUAAUAAAAGAUGAAAUUAAACUUAAUAGUAAACCCAAUUCCAGAUCAUGUUUCACAACUUAAUUCAGUCAAUGAAUGCUCUAUGCUAUGUAUGCUAACCAGAUGGACAUUAAAAUGUAUUUCUCCAUUUAUGGUUGUCAAGUGUGCCUACCUUGAAUUCAUAGGUUGACUUUAAA